AUGUCGUCUAAAGCCAUCCUCAGUAUCGGCAUCGACGGAGACCAUCCGCUGAUGAAGACAAUGCCCACGGCGCCGUCAGCCGAAUUCAUCCGACAGGGCAUUGCUGACGCUCGCAUCGCCACACAUGAGGCCGGCUUCACUGGUUUUCGCUUCGUCGAGCUGAAGCCAGAGACGUGCGCCGACGAGCUGGCUGAAUUACUGAGGGAGAAGCACUGGGAUGCCCUCAUCAUCGGCGGCGGCUUCAAACUUGUCCCUGGGUUCAUCACCCAGCUCAAGGAUGUCGUCAACACGACAAAGAACCUGUCUCCCAAAACGCAGAUCCUUUUCACCAGCCUGCCUUCGACCAUCAUCGAUUCUGCCAGGCGUGUGAAAUAG